AUGGGGUUUGGUGAAAGAUGUAGGUAUUGGAUACAAGGCUGUCUAAACUCAUCAAGAGCUUUGAUUUUCUUGAACGGAUCCCCAACAAAGGAAUUUGAUAUUAGAUGGGGAAUCAGACAAGGCGAUCGUCUAUCUCCACUCCUGUUCAUAAUAGAAAUGGAGGGUCUAAAUAUUGCUAUGAAAGCUGCAUGUGGGAGAGGUAUCUUCAAGGGUAUAAAAAUACCAAAUAGUGAUUUGACCUUGUCACAUCCGUUUUACGCUGAUGAUACACUCUUCAUGGGGGAUUGGAGUGAAGAUAACAUUAAGAAUCUUGCUAGAAUCCUGAGAUGCUUCCAUGUAUCCUCAGGACUAAAAGUCAACUUCAAAAAGUCAAGAGUUUUUGGAAUUUGGGUUGACCCACAAGAAGUUCUAUAUCUUGCUUCACCAUUAGGGUGCAAACCUGCAAAACUUCUGUUCACAUACCUAGGUGUUCUAGUUAGGGCAAACAUGAAGCUAAAAAAGCACUGGAAACCGGUGAUUGAAAACUUCCAACUAAGACUAAAUUCCUGGAAAUCAAAAAAAUUGUCUUUUAGGGGACGAUUAACCCUUACCAAAGCUGUCCUUGGCAGCCUCCCAACUUUCUAUUUUUCUUUGUUUCUUGCUCCCACAUGUAUCCUAAAAACACUGGAAAAGAUAAGGAGACGGUUCCUUUGGGGCGGGUCGGAGAAUCAAGGAAGAUCAACUGGGUUUCGUGGGAAAAUGUGA